AUGUUCUCCAGGACGUUUGCAGUACGAGCCGGGUCGGCAGCACUAGCUGCUCCUUGCAGGAGCUGUACCAGGAGCUUCGGCAUGCCUCUCAGAGCCAAGAUUAUCACCGCGCAGGCUUCGUCUCGCGCACAGAUGUCUACCGAGGUCCCCAAGGAAUUCAGAGAGCGCCGUGAUGAUGAGGUCGACGAUGUGCUCUUCAACAGCCUUUACGGCGUGCGGACUAUCCAGCUCAACCGGCCGAAGAAACUCAACUCACUCAACGCCAGCAUGAUCCGCAAGAUCCUGCCGCGACUGGUCGAGUGGGAGAAGUCAGACAUGGCGAACGUGGUGAUCAUGAAGGGAUCCGGCGAAAAGGCUUUCUGCGCAGGUGGAGACGUCGCUGAGCUGGCCAAGUACAACCAGGAGAGCGAGGAUGGAUGGAAGAAGAGCGCCGACUACUUUGCGCUCGAGUACAAGCUGGACCACUACAUCGCUACUUACGACAAACCGUAUAUUGCCUUUAUGGACGGUAUCACGAUGGGAGGUGGUGUCGGCCUUAGCAUCCACGCUCCCUUCCGCAUUGCUACCGAGCGGAGCGUUUUCGCCAUGCCUGAGACGACGAUUGGCUUCUUCCCUGAUGUUGGUGCCUCGUUCUUCCUGCCCAGAAUGCCCGGCGCCGUUGGUACGUACCUCGCCCUGACGAGCGAGAGACUCAAGGGUGCCAACGUCUUCUACUCUGGUGUCGCCACCCACUACCUGCACUCGACCAGUCUGCCCCAGCUGGAGUCUCGUCUGGCCGAAAUCCGAUUCGACGACCGUGACUCCUUGGAGAAGCGCCUCCAGGUCAUUGGCUCGACGUUGGAGGAGUUCGCUACCGGUCUCCCACACGAUGAGCCCAUCCUUCUGGGCGGUGAGCUGCGAAAGGCCGUUGAUCGUUGCUUCAGCAAGAGCACCGUCCAGGACAUCAUUUCGGCGCUCAAGGCCGAGGAGGGUGCUACCAAGCAGUGGGCUGAGAAGACCCUCGACACGCUGCACAAGCGCUCGCCCACAGCCGUCAAUGUUGCACUGAGACAGAUGCGCAUCGGCGGCGGCUGGUCGAUCAAGGAGACCUUCCAGCGCGAGCACCAGAUUGCCACCAAGUUCAUGCAGCAUCCCGAUUUCACGGAGGGAGUGACGGCGCUGCUGGUGCGCAAGGAGACACCUAAGUGGCAGCCCGCUACUCUUGAGGACAUCAAGCCCGAAGACAAGGUCGCCGACCCCUUCUUCAAGGCGGAGGGCGAGGAGCUGCAGAUGCUGAACGACCGCGACUUCAAGGAAUACCGCUACCCGUACUUUGCGCUGCCGACCGAGAACGAGGUUAAGCAGGUCGUUCUGGAGGGUCAGUACACACCUAAGCAGGUCGUGAAGAAGGUGGUGGCGAACAGAAAUGGACGCCAGGGCGUUGCGGAAGUAGUCAGGGAGGUUGUUAGCCGAAAGGUUGUCACCAAUGAGGCUGGCCGCGCAACCUGGUCUGAAUAA